AUGACGCAGCUAAAUCACAUAGCAACACCUGCCACGACCACCUCAUUAUUAGCCCAAGACUGCCUUACUCUCCAAAACACGGCAGCCACUAUUCCUCUUCUCGGGUUCGGCACCUACAAAAUUCGCGGCCAAACAUGCACUACCGCGGUUCUGGCAGCACUUUCAGCGGGCUACAGCCACAUUGACUCAGCUGCGUUAUAUCGCAACGAGGUGUGCGUCUACGAAGCCAUCAAACAGUCUGGUGUGCCUCGUGAAGCGAUCUUUCUUACUACGAAAGUCGGGAGUCCACGAAGGAUGGCAGGCCAGGGUGACGUGUAUCAAGAUGUUGUCGAAACUGUAGACCGUAUCGCUGGAGUAGAUGGAUACGUAGACUUACUAUUGAUGCACGUUCCUGGACCAUCCAGAGAUUACCGUCAGAGAUUAUGGGCAGCGAUGGAAAUGGUUAAGAGCAAGGGAAGAGCCAAAAGUAUUGGUGUUAGCAACUUUCGAGUCCGGCACCUCGAAGAACUGAAGGAGUAUGCCACUGAGUGGCCUCCAAGUGCGAACCAAAUCGAGCUACACCCUUGGUGCCAGCAACGAGAUGUCGUGACCUACUGUCAGGACAACGGUAUUGUUAUCGAGGCGUACAGCCCGCUUGCAACAGGCACUCGGCUUAAUGACCCAGAAGUACAAAGAGUAGCAUCAAAGCAUGACAAGACUCCAGCAAAUAUCCUUAUCCGGUAUUCACUCCAGAAAGGCUGGAUACCUCUACCCAAGAGUGCAAAUCCGGGUCGCAUUCAAGAGAAUAUUAUGGUUUUUGAUUUUGCUCUCGAUCCAGAUGAUAUGAUGGCCUUGGAUGCGCUGGACGAAGGACACGCAGGUGCUAUUUUUCGAAUGAAUGUUGAUAAACCGCAUGCCACGUCACGAAAUAAUGAUUUGGAAGCAAACCUUGUCCGCCAACUUCGUAACACUCGAAUGGCUAUACUAUGA